AUGAACCGAACAUUAAUCACAAAUCCGAGGCUUUUGGCUUGUGGUUUCAGUGAUUUGGCUCUGUUUAGGUCUUCGAUGGUGGUUGAGGAGAUGUUGGGUUCAGUUCGUCGUCGCUUGGUCUUCGGAGGUCGGUGUUUGGAGGAUGGCUAUGAUAGAGUCCAGAAUCUGUGUGUUCGUGAUCUUGUCUAUGUUUCUCCUCCUUGUUGUGGUUUGGAGAUGAAGCUUAUUCCUUUGUAG